AUGGGCACCGUCGUGUGCAGCUUGGGUGAGGCGGAUGAAGAGGAGAAGGACAUGGAGCAGAAGUUGAGGAUUGUUGUGCCUCAUCGGCAAGCCAUGAAGAUUCCCAUGAACGUCUUCUGGAGGCCGAUGGUAAAGUUUCCCAUGUGCUCCAUGUGGGUCUUGUUUACUAUAGCCUAUAGCAUUUGUUUCUUGCUCACGAUUGCGAAGGGCUUUCUUCCCUGCAGCUCAGCUGGUCAUUUGACGAACAGCUGCAGGGAGCUGCUCGAGUUGAAGGCUGAGGAUACCUUGUGGCGCCAAUGCUAUUUGCAGCAAUAUCCAGAGCGCUCGUGCAAGGUGGCCUUAUCUUGGCGAUGUCGCUUGGCGAUGCGCCAGCCGCUGAGAGAGCUACGUUUGGAGGGCACCGAGGCAGUUCUGGACUGGGAAGCUGCGCUGCUUGUGCUGGGCAGCCCAUGGAGUGGCAAGACGUGGCUGGUGCAUCGCUUCUGCCAGGGCAAGCCACCGGAAUGCCUGGAUAAGGUCCCUUUCCUGGGCACCAACCUGCGCGUGAGCCAUCUCCAGUUGCGCGGACCCCGACCACGAACGGGGCGGCUGCGCAUUUGGGAGCCUUCGGGGGUGAGCCGGCAGGCCUUGGGCGGCUACCUAAAGGCGGCUCAGAUGGUCCUGGUCUGCGUGGACCUGGAAGACCUCGGAGGCGUCGCGUCCGAGGCGCAGCGGCUGCUGGCCCAAGUCACGCAGUCCAUGCGACCUGGGACCAUCUUGGGUCUCUGUGGCUUGAAGAGCGACCGACUAACCACUUCCGAGCAGCGGCGCAUCUGCGCCACGCUGCGACGUGUGGCGCAGGGCUAUGGGGCGGAGUUUGGCAUGUGCAGCGCUACGACAGGUGAGGGCGUGGAUGAAAUCUUUUGCGCCAUGCUGGCUGCCUGCCUUGAGAGUUCCAACGAGUUGCCGCCACCAGAACGUGUUUUAAGCCGCCUCGCCGGGACCUUGAGCAACGCUGAACUGUUGCGGACCUUGUUGCGACGUGUCGGUCACGGCGGUAUGGGUAUGGCAGAAACCUGA